AGUUUCUUUAUAUGAAGCGAAUUAUGAUGAAUUCACUGACGACUAAACAUUUGAAUUGUUUAGGAUUAGACAUUACUAAAUCUUUAUCAUUUAAUAAAGUUAAAGCAAUGAAAGCCAUGAUGAAUAAAAAAUUAAAUGUUAUGACGCACUUAUUAGUCAAUUUCCUGAAUGCAACAAAUCAUACCGAUAAAAAUAAAAUGAUUCAGGUAAACAAAUUUGCACGAAUUAUCAAUACAUUUGCAAAUAAGCUUAAUAAUACAAUGUGUUCCGAAAACAUCUUUCUUGAUACACGCAGAGCUAAUGAUUUGUUUGACAUAAAACUUAAAAAGGAAUUUAAAGAAACUAUUGGAUCGCUCGAUGGUAAUAAUUGUAACUGUAAACGUGAAUUUUGUUUUAAUUGUACACACUCCUGUGAACGUCUAUGCCGACAAAAACAUAGUCUUACUAAAUGGAAUUGUGUAUCUACAAACUCUAGAGCUACUGUCUCAUUAAAUUCAUUAUGUGACGGGAAAUUAGACUGCUUUGAUGAAAGCGAUGAAAAGGGAUGCACAGGUAAAGUAUCCAUAAAAAAAUAAAUGAUACCUUCAUAACAACAUUAAAUUAAUGUAUUUUGACUAAUAAUCAUUUAAUUAAAGGUCAGGGCUACGCACAAUUGGAAGCAAAUGAAAUCUUCAGUAAUGUUCUAAGGAUGCUGGAGUUAAGAGCAUCCCAACUAAGUCAUCCAAUUAAAAAAAUGAUUCUCUACACAAGAAAUUCAAUACAGAAACUGCAACAUAUUAUCAUGAAAUCUAAACCGAAUCUAGAAACUGUAAAGAGGCUAAGAAAUAAGUGCUAUUCAAUGUUGAGAACAAUAUAUUCACACAUAGUAAAGAAAACCAAUAUCGGUGCUGAGUCAGAAGAAGCUUAUUUAUUUUUGCAGUCAAUUAACCAAAACUUAGGGACAGCUUUGAAAAGGUCCCAUACAGGUAACAAGAAAAUAAUUGGGGAACGAUGUAAUUGUAGAAACGGUAAAUGUUCUGUAGCAUUUUGUUCAAAAAUAUGUGCCAAAGCAUGUGCAGUUGAACCUAAACUAACGAGAUAUUACUGUCUAAAUAACGAUUCCGUAGUAGCAGACAAAAUUUGCGAUGGUGUACAGGAUUGUAGCAAUGGGGACGAUGAAACGAAUUGUAAAAAAGAUGAAGUAUGUCGUCACCACCACCUGGUGGUUCUAAGGCGCAAUCUGGAAAGAAUUGGAGAGAAUAUAAAAGGAACAGCUUUAGGAGAGCUAAUGUCGUCUUGGAAAGUUAAAGUAACUUGUAGUCCAUAUUUAAGAUGA